AUGGAGGCAAUACCCCAUUCUUCUGCGGUAGGAAGUUUGAUGUGUGUUAUGAGGUGUACUCGGCUAGAUAUAGGUCACGCAGUUGGCGUUGUGAGCAGGUUCCUCGCCAAUCCAGGAAAGGAGCAUUGCGAGGUGGUCAAAUGGAUUCUUCGGUACUUAAAGGGAACUUUAAAGAUGUGUCUAUGUUUUGGGGGAGCUAAACCAAUUUUAGAGGAAUUUACAGAUGUCGAUAUGGCAGGUGAUCUUGAUGGUAGAAAAUCUACAUCAGGAUUUCUGUUCACCUUUGCAGGGAGAGCUGAAGAAUACAAGGUACAUUAUGAUAGUCAGAGUGCAAUUGAUCUGAGCAAGAAUUCCAUGUACCAUUCACGUUCUCACCAGAGACCAACUGGAAGUUUGCAAGAAUCUGAUCGGGAUGAACUUCAAGUGAGAACACAACUCCAUUUCUUUUGCAUUGUAGUGUUCGUGAAUGGCAAAGUUUGCAACGACCCAAAGCUUGCCACAGCAGAUGACUUCUUCUUUUCAGGCCUCCUUACUCCUCAAAACACAUCGAACCCAAUUGGGUCAAAGGUUACUCCCGUAAACGUUAUCCAAAUACUAGGCCUCAAUACUCUCGGCAUCUCCUUAGCUCGCAUUGACUUUGCACCUUAUGGCCUCAACCCACCCCACACGCACCCUCGUGCAACUGAGGUCAUCGUGGUGUUGGAAGGUACUCUCUAUGUCGGCUUCGUGACCUCCAACACUGACAACCGCCUCUUUACAAAGGUCUUGUACCCAGGAGAUGUUUUUGUGUUCCCACAGGGUCUCAUUCACUUUCAAUUUAAUAAUGGAAAGACUAAUGCAGUAGCUCUUGCUGCCUUAAGCAGCCAAAACCCCGGAACUAUUACAGUUGCUAAUGCAGUGUUCGGGUCAAAUCCAAGGAUUUCUGAUGAUGUUCUUGCCAAGGCAUUCCAAGUGGACAAGAAGGUGGUAGAUUAUCUUCAAGCUCAAUUUUGGUGGCCCAGCAACUAGAGAAAGAAAGAAUGGAGAACUUAUGAAUCUAUUAUUUGUUAAACUUUAAUUAAAUAUGAUGCAAUAUAGCAUAAAUAAGUGGAUUGGUUGUGGAUGAUUUCCUUAAGAUUGUUUUCUUAUGAUUUUAUAAUAAUGAAGUUUGUUAAAUAGUA